AUGAUUACGCAACACGCAGACGCCGCUGAUGCGCUCUCACGCUACGACCUGGAGGCCAUACGAGCGGCCUACAGGAGAGACGGCUACGUAAUCUUGGAUGGCAUCUUCGACUUUGAGAAUCGCCUGUCGCUCGAGGAGCUCAGAGUGGCAUGUCAAGCUGCUGUGGAGAGGACGAGGAGAGGCGAGUGGCCUCACCGCAGAGUAGUUGGCAAGUCUUUCCCUCCGUACGAUCCCAUCUCAGACGAUAGCUGGGGCGUACAGCAUCUGCUUCAUCCUGACCUCAUUGUAGGGGGCGAGGGAGAGAAUGGAGCUGAUAAGCAAGACAGCAUUUUCGCGAGGCUCUACGGCAGCUCGCCUUUGCUCGACAUUGCAGCCGCUCUCCUCGACACGGAGCCGGACAAGAUGCAGUUGGAGCUGUUCAAUCUGCUGAUCAAUCCUGCCUGCCACGCCUUCGCACUGCCCUGGCAUCGGGACGACGUUCGAGCGGAUGUGUCGAGCGAGGAGGAAGAGGCCAGGCUCUCAGCUCCCACCUAUGGCGUCCAGUGGAACGCGGCGCUGUAUGACGACGAAUGUCUGUUCAUCUGCCCCGGAUCGCACGCGCGUCUGCGAACGGAAGCGGAGAAGAGGGCAAAUGCUGCAAAGGCACCGCCCGCUACCAAGGUGCUGGAAGGUCAAGGCGUUUUGGACGCCAAGUGGCAGGUGGAUCCUCCAAAUACGCUGCAAGUCAAACUCAAAGCGGGGCAGACAGCAUUCUAUUCUCAGCGUGUACUGCACAGGGCAUCUUAUCUACCAUCGCAGAUCAGAGCAACGCUGCACGGUUGCUACGGCGGCAUUCGAGCAGAUGCAUCCCUCGACUCCACAGACCGCGCAUCAGAGCAGCUAGCGUUCGCUGAGCGCGCUCGAAAUGUCCUACAGCACAACGUAGAGUGGAUGAAGGAGCCAAGCUUCGGUGCAUCUUUGCCGCCUCGUCUUCGGCCAAUGUGGCGCAAUCUGCUGGUCAUGGACGCGCAUGCCAAGGGUCGCCAGCUGGGCUAUAGUCUCGAGAACGCCUAA